UUAAAUGUAAUCAUCGAUAUCUCGGUACUGACGCAUUUGAAAACAGACUAUAUAAAGCAAAGAAGAAAUUGAAGAUGCACGUUAUACAACAUGAUGAAACUCAUUCUCUUCGCAACACUUUUCGUGGUGGCUCUUGCCGAGAAGCCCUAUCUAGGCUUCAACUUACCCUUAUUUUCCCCACGUAUCGUUGGCGGAGAAAAUGCAAAUAAAGGAGAAUUUCCCUAUCAAGUAUCCUUGCAAUGGGGUUUAACUUCAAGUAAUACUAAACACUUCUGCGGUGGAUCGAUCCUAAACGAAAAAUGGAUUAUAACUGCUGGACAUUGUAUUCUAGCUGUCCCAAGUGUCGGAGCGUUUGUUGUAAAAGCCGGAAAACAUAAUAUUAAAUACUCCGAAAAGGGUGAACAAAUUAUUAAAGUAAAAAGGUCUAUCGUACAUGAACUCUAUCCUGGUGGCGUUGCUCCUUACGACAUAGCUCUUGUCGAACUACAGGCACCUUUGUCUUUGAGCAAGGAAAUAUCCGCAAUAAAUUUACCAAACCCUGAAGACGUACCAACCGGUAAUGUCCUUCUCAGUGGUUGGGGAUCAAUAUCGAAAACUUCUGUCGCAGAAAUGCCCGAUAUUUUGCAAAAAGCAAAUCUCCCACUCAUCAGUAUAAAUGAAUGUUAUAACGCAUUAAAUGAUUUGAUUGGACCAUCACCUCUUGCCGACACCAACAUUUGCUCUGGUCCCUUGACCGGAGGAUAUUCAGCUUGCAGUGGUGAUUCUGGUGGCCCUCUCGUUCAGAAAUCUAACGGAAAAACUGAAUUAGUUGGUAUCGUUUCUUGGGGUAUCAUACCAUGUGGUACUCGUGGUGCACCAUCCGUCUAUACGAGGGUUUCCGCAUUCAAUAAUUGGAUCUUACAGAAUAUUAGCAAAUAAUGUUUCCCAUUGGAUACUUUUAAAGAAAAUACCUUCAACCUUAACUUUCUGACUUUCACAUAAUGACAUUUUUUUCUGCAAUAAAAAAAUUUUAAAAUAUUUA